AUGGAUUAUGCUCAACAGUCCAAACUGUUAGGUGGACCAAUUGGGCUGUUGAAAUCAUUCACCACCAGGUGUGCUGCGGGAAUCUCGAACGAGAGUGUCAAUAUCUUCGGUGGCCGUGACACGACACAGUCCGGCAUGGGCAGGGUUAUCGCGCACUUCCACCGUAUUCGCAAGAGCGAUGCUAUUCCAGGUGGCGCCCAAGAAGUUCUCGCUGAUCUCGGUAUCCGGCAAGCGAUGAAGAUGAUGCCAAAUGCGAUGCUCUGA